GUAAAUCUUUGUAUUAUCCUCCUUUGUUGGAGCCUAUUAAGAAGUGGAUUAAUUUAUUUUUGCUAAUGUAUUAAGGUUACAGAUCUAAAUUUAUAUAAAUAAUAUAUCUAUUGUAACUUGUUUAUUUAUUUGUUUUGUUUAGACCCUCCUCCUUAUCAGGUGACCUCCUGCUGUGAUUAGGCAGCGGAAGCAGCUGCUGCAGGGCAUCUGAUUGUUUGGUUAAGGAGCGAGGGGUGAAAUAGUUUUUCCACCGCACCAAAUAAAGCUUAAUUUUACAUUUUUUGGAAAGUCAACUCGGAGAGUGUUUCUGUUAUUUUUGUACAUUGAGAAAGUCACCGUUUGCCACCAGAAAACUUUCCGCGAGUGCUUUGGUUUGGAUGAGUCGGAAAACCCUCCUCCUAGAAACUACUCUGGCACCUUUUGAUUUUUGAUUUUUGUUAAAAUCCAAGAGUAGCCGUAACAAGUGGAAAAACUUCACUGAUGACUUGAUGAAAGACGCAAAGUUGGGGGAUCCAGCGGAUCACUCGCAGACGAACAAAGAAAGCAGCCAGCGGGUCGUGAGUAAAACCAGCUGAUUAAGUUUAUGAAUGAACGCGCCGCUGCGCUACAAAGAAACUAUGGAUCACUACCGAAAGCAAAGUUGUUGAUUUUGAAAAAGGACUGUGGCAAAGAAGAAUUUUUAUUGAUGAACUUAUGUGACAGAGAAGGGAUCUGUGUGAUAAUUAACGAUGUCUGAUCCUGAAACUCCUCCUGCGUCUGAGGACAUGUUAAAGGUGCGCGUUCUUUCGCGCAGAGGCAGACUGGGUGCCUGUACUAGAAAGAUUAAUGAAAUCAAGACUUUGAUGUCGGAUGCAGGAAAUGUUGAUGCAGUCAAUGAAUCAGUGCAAGCAUUUAAGGAAGCUGUGGAUGAGUUUAGAAAUGCUCAUAAGUUAGUUCAAGAGCUCUUAUCAGAGGAAGAAAAAGAAAAUGAUUACGAUGACUGGUUUGAGCCUCGAAUAACUAACCUAAAUUAUUUUUUGAACGAUGUUGAAACAUGGAAAAAAGACAUUGUACAAUCAACAAUCAGACCAUCUGACAGCAUAUCCAAUGUAUCACAGAAAUCAAAAUCCUCUUCUUCCAUAAGAUCAUCAGCAUCCAGAUCUUCCUCAGUCUCUUCAGAGUUAAAAAAGGCCAAAGCAGAACAGGCUGCUGCACUGGCACGAGUAGCUGCCUUGAAAGAGAAACAUGCUUUGCAAAUGGAGGAAGCAAAAUUGAAGUUAAAGAUGGAGCAAAUUGAGCUAGAAGCUGAUCUUGCAGCAUCAACUGCUAAAAUAAAGACCUUGCAAAGUUAUGAGGUGGACCAGAAACCAUCUUUAGGUGAUGGCAUGAAUGAAUAUUAUAGCUCUCAUCAAGAACCAGAGUCGAUAGAGGGCAAUGUGGAAUUUAUGCAGCUAGGUGCUAUACCAAAAACUCCACUUCAACGGACUAUUUUUGAGAGAUGUAAAUCUUCUCCCAGGAGUUUAAGCACAGCAGAGAAUAAACCUCAAAAUAAAAAUCCCACUGAAAGUGAAACUAAAGCUGCAACUUAUGAUCAUAAUGCAUCUCAAACUGUACAAGAUUACCCAGAUGUGGCUGUUACUGCUGCUAAUGAAAAUGUUAAUGUUGUUAUUCAACGACAAAAUGACAUAGCAGAACUCAUUGUCAGCCAGCAAAACCUGUCUUUGUUACCUCCGAGAAAUAUUUCUGUGUUUGAUGGUAACCCAUUAAAAUACCAGUCUUUUGUUCAUGCAUUUGAACAAUUAAUUGAAGACAGGACUAAAAAUGAUAAAGACAGACUGUAUUAUCUAGAACAAUUUACAUCUGGUUUGCCAAGAGAUUUGGUUCGCAGCUGCUUACAUAUGGAAGGAAGUAGAGGCUACAGAGAAGCUAAACAACUAUUAAAGGAGCACUUUGGAAAUGAAAUUAAAGUUUCUGGAGCUUAUUUGGAUAAAGCCUUGAACUGGCCAGCAAUUAAAGCUGAGGAUGGAAAAAUGCUGUAUGCAUAUGCAAUGUAUUUGAGAGGAUGUUGUAAUGUAAUGCAAGAUUUACAGUACAUAGAGGACCUUGAAAUCCCAUCAAACCUAAGGCUGCUAGCAUCCAAACUACCUUAUAAACUGCGAGAAAGAUGGCGAACCACAGCUUAUGAAAUACAACAGAAAACUGGCAGGAGAGUCAGAUUUAAACAUCUUGUUGAGUUUGUGGAAAAUUAUGCUAACAUGCUUUUGGAUCCUUUGUUUGGAGACAUUCAAGACCAAACAACAACCAAAAAAACAUUCCCAAGAGGCAAAGGUGAACUAAAAUCAAUAAGAGGUAAAAACAGCAGCUUUGCAACAUCAAUAGUUACCGAGAAUACAGGAUGUGCUAUAAAGCAAUCAGUUUUGCCUCCACCACCUCCUGAAACCACACCCAGUCACAUUAUCCCUCACUGUGGAUUCUGUGAAGAAAAACACAACUUAACUGACUGUUUGCAUUUUAAAACAGGGUCACAUGAUAGUAAAGUUGUAUUUUUAAGAAGUCAUGGAUAUUGCUUUGGUUGCCUACGAAAAGGUCAUUUAAGCAAAAAUUGUAAGAGGAGACUAAUGUGUCAAGUUUGUCAAAUGAGACAUCCAACAGUACUCCAUAUUAAAAGUGCAAAAGUUUCAAAGCAGGACAGUCAAACUGAGAUUGAAGAAACUCCCAUAAGCAGUGCUCUUGUUUCAGCAGGUGACUCAACCGGGGCCGGGAGAAAAUGUGCACUUGCAAUUGUUCCCGUCCGAGUUAAGGUGGCAAAAGGGGACAAAUAUAUUCAGACCUAUGCUUUCCUUGACCCGGGCAGCACUGCAACGUUUUGUACUGUAAGAUUAAUGAACCGACUAAAUUUGAAAGGACGCAAAACAGAGAUACUUCUGCGAACGAUGGGACAGGAAAAGCCUGCAGAAACCUAUGAGGUUAGAGGACUAGAGGUGGGAGAUUUGAAGGGCUGUACAUACUUGGACCUGCCGAAGGUUUACACACAGGAUAAAAUACCUGUCUCAAAAGAAAACAUCAUCACACAAGCUGAUCUGGAGAUGUGGCCUCAUCUCAGGGGUGUCCAUUUAAAGAAAAUUGAGGCAGACAUUGAACUCCUCAUUGGAACUGACAUUCCUCGAGCAUUAGAGCCAUGGAAAAUAAUAAAUAGUCAUGAUAAUGGACCAUAUGCAGUGGAAACUGUACUUGGAUGGGUGGUAACUGGACCACUUGGUGUUGAUAGUACCGCAGAAUAUGCUGGGCCUAUUGCAGUGUCAAGUAACAGAAUUUCUGUUACUGAAUUGAAGGAUCUGCUCAUCAGACAAUAUAACCAGGAUUUCUCUGAGAACUUAUAUGAGGAGAAAAUUGAGAUGUCUGUUGAGGAUAAGUGUUUUAUGGAGAUUGCUUCUGGCUCAUUGUAUAUUAAAGAUGGACACUAUCACCUACCACUUCCUUUCAGAAAUAAAGACAAAGUUAUGCCUGAUAACUAUAAAAUGGUUAAGGAACGCACACAGCACCUUAUGAAAAGGUUUAAGAAGGAUAGGAUGUAUGCAGAAGAAUACACAUCAUUUAUGGAGGACAUUUUGAAAAGGGGCUAUGCAGAAAAGGUUCCAUUUGAGCAGCUUUGCAGGGAGGAUGGACAUGUCUGGUACAUUCCACAUCAUGGUGUCUACCAUAAGCGAAAGCACAAACUGAGGGUGGUGUUUGACUGUACAUCCUCAUAUCAAGGAACCUCUCUGAACAAGGAGCUCCUCCAAGGGCCUGAUUUAACAAACACCCUUAUUGGGGUACUGCUAAGGUUUCGCCAAGAACCAAUCGCAGUAAUGGCAGACAUUGAGGCAAUGUUUUAUCAAGUCUAUGUGGAUGAAAAAGACAGAGAUGUCCUGAGGUUUCUGUGGUGGCCAGAAGGGAACAUUAACAAACCUCUGGAAGUUUACAGGAUGAAAGUUCACCUCUUUGGCUCUGUAUCAUCCCCAAGCAUCGCUAAUUUUGCUCUGCGUCAAACUGCUACUGACAACCAGAAGCAUUAUUCUGAUGAGGUUAUCGAAACCAUUAAAAGUAACUUUUAUGUGGAUGAUUGCCUCCGAUCAGUGGCAACAGUAAAGCAGGCAAUGAAGCUUGUCACAGAUCUCACCAAAAUAUGCAGUGAGGGAGGUUUCACGUUAACAAAAUGGGUCAGCAACAACCAUGAAGUGCUGGCAAGCAUCCCUGAACAUCACAGAGCUGGAGCAUUUAAGGAACUAGAUCUGGACAAAGAAAAGCUGAAAGAACAAAUAACAGUUGAGUCUGCACUUGGACUCCACUGGGACACUCUCAGUGACACCUUCAGCUUUAAAGUAACCAUCAGGAGUCGACCUGCUACCAGAAGAGGUAUACUCUCCACAGUGAGUUCAGUAUAUGACCCAUUAGGAUUUCUUUCUCCUUUCGUCCUGAAAGCCAAACAAUUACUCCAAGAACUCUGCAAAACCAAAUAUGGAUGGGAUCAUGUCAUUCCCCAGGAAUUUGCAAAGCCUUGGCAAAGAUGGCUCAAGGAGUUAAAUCUGCUACAUGACUUUCAAGUUGCAAGGUGCAUAAAGCCUGAAAACUUUGAUCCUGUGGAAACUGCUGAAUUGCAUCACUUUUGUGAUGCAAGUGAGUCAGGCUAUGGUACAGUAAGCUACCUCAGAUUAUCAAAUCACCAAGGUCAAAUCCAUGUCUGCUUCAUAUUUGGAAAAGCUAGAGUGGCACCUCUAAAGCAGAUGACCAUACCCAGACUGGAACUCACAGCAGCAACAUUGGCUGUAAAAGUGGAUCGAAUGCUAAAGAAAGAGCUGCAAUUACCACUUACAGAUUCAACUUUCUGGACAGAUAGUACAUCUGUGUUGAAAUAUAUUCACAAUCAAACGAAAAGAUUUCACACUUUUGUAUCCAACAGGAUUGCAGUAAUCCAUGACCUCUCCCACACCAGCCAGUGGAGAUACAUAAGUUCAAAAGUCAACCCAGCCGACGACGCAUCAAGAGGGCUUUAUGUGGAAUCUUUCGUAAGUUCAAAAUGGCUGACCGGUCCGGAAUAUCUCAGCAGAGAAAAAAGAACAUGGCCGAGGCACACAGAAGGUCUGGAAGAAAUACCAGCAAACGAUCCUGAGGUGAGAAAGGAGAUCACAAUCAACAGUGUGAUAGUGGAGGAUCAACAUCCAGUAUGCAAGCUAAUCAAGUAUCAUUCAUCAUGGAACAAACUUCAGAAGUCGGUAGCCUGGAUAUUAAAAGUGAAAAGACAUCUUCUACUGCUAAGCCAGCAAAGAAAAGGUCAAACUCACCUGUCUUCAGGAGUGAUGAAAAGGCUGAAAAAUCAACAUGAAACCCAAAACCUGUCAGUGGAGGACAUGCAAAAUGCAGAGAAAGCUAUAAUUUGUUUUGAACAAAAACGCUACUUUGACUGUGAAUUUACUUGCUUGGAACAAGGCAAACCUCUUAGUUCAAGAAGUACCAUCCUCAAACUGGAUCCGAUGCUUGAUGGUAGCAUUUUGAGAGUUGGCGGCAGGAUAAAUAAAAGUACAAUGCCAAUCCACCAGAAAAACCCGAUCAUUUUACCUAAAGGUUCACAUAUAUCUAACCUCAUCUUACAACAAAUUCAUCACCAAGUUGGACAUUCAGGAAGGAGCCACAUGCUCUCCAAGCUAAGGCAGAAAUUCUGGCUCCCACAUGCAAACUCUUUAGCCAGAAAAAUUAUCAAGAGCUGUGUAUUCUGUAGACGCAUACAGGCAAAACCUGGUGAACAGAAGAUGUCGGACCUUCCUGAGGACCGUUUAUUUCCAGACCUACCUCCUUUUAGUCAUGUUGGCAUUGACUACUUUGGUCCUAUUGAAGUAAAAAGGGGACGAGCUCAGGUGAAACGAUGGGGAGUCAUAUUCACCUGUCUGGUGAGUCGAGCUAUCCACCUGGAGAUGGCCAAUUUCUUAACCACAGACUCGUGCAUAAAUGCUAUACGCAGAUUCAUCUGCAGAAGAGGAUCAAUGAUGAGCAUCAGAACAGACUGCGGGACAAACUUUGUGGGAGCACAAAAGGAACUACAAGAAGCAUUAAGAGAGCUAAAUCAUCAGAAAAUCCAAAAGGCUCUUUUAGUAGAGGGAAUAAAAUGGAUUUUUAACCCUCCUUAUGGGGCUCACCACGGUGGAGUCUGGGAAAGACUAAUACGUCUAAUCAAAAAGACCCUCACAUCUAUUCUAAAGGAACAAACACUGGACGAUGAAACCCUGUCAACAGCACUAUGUGAAGUAGAAGCCAUCCUAAAUGACAGGCCAAUAACUUCAGUGUCAAAUGACCCCAAUGACUUAGAACCACUAACACCAAACCAUUUACUCCAGCUGAAAGGAAAAGCAACCAUACCACCAGGGGUCUUUGACAAAGCAGAUCAAUAUUCAAGAAGAAGAUGGAGACAAGCACAGUAUCUUGCAGAUCUUUUCUGGAGACGUUGGAUAAGGGAGUAUCUCCCACUCAUGCAAGAACGAAGCAAGUGGAACAGCAAAAAGAGGAACUUCGGCCCUGGAGAUCUGGUUGUUAUUGUGGAUAACUCGGCACCAAGGAGCGCAUGGACAAUGGGCCGUGUUAUGAAGACUUUUCCAAAUGCCAAAGGCUUUGUUAGAAGUGUUUUAGUUAAAACCAAAGCCAAUGUUAUCCAGCGACCAAUAGAUAAGCUCUGUCUUUUAAUGGAGGCAGCAGAAUGAAAUAAAAGUCUUUCUAAUAUUUACUAUGGACUGCUUUAAGCAUUAGAAAUGUUGAGAGGCUCUAGAUAACAUUUAUAGACAAAAGGAUUAUGAACAUUGAUUUUUAAAGAUCAUGAUUAAAUUUAUGUCAUGUUUUUGCUAGAUACUAGGCUCCUAUGAAUAUUAUUUUUGUAAAUUGUUACUUUGCUAAGGCUAACAAUUAGGGGCCGGGAUGUUGGAGCCUAUUAAGAAGUGGAUUAAUUUAUUUUUGCUAAUGUAUUAAGGUUACAGAUCUAAAUUUAUAUAAAUAAUAUAUCUAUUGUAACUUGUUUAUUUAUUUGUUUUGUUUAGACCCUCCUCCUUAUCAGGUGACCUCCUGCUGUGAUUAGGCAGCGGAAGCAGCUGCUGCAGGGCAUCUGAUUGUUUGGUUAAGGAGCGAGGGGUGAAAUAGUUUUUCCACCGCACCAAAUAAAGCUUAAUUUUACAUUU